AUGAUUAACCUUUAAUUUGCAGCUAGUCUGAUUAAAAAUUCUCGAAAUCCCACGAUUCCAGCAUAAACUAAAGUUCUCAACAAAAAUGGCUAACUUCACAACAACAGUGACUAUAAUAUUCUGUCUGUGGAAGGUAACACAGAUAUUAAGAAUGCUCAUAGAAUCAACUAGAGACUUGCAAAUUUGACAAAUGAUUAUGACGACUAAGAAAUCCAAGAUUAUCUGAGUAAGGAAAUAAACAAGGGCAGUAGCAGUAAUGCAAACAGUCAGUAACAGCAAUAACUCAUUGGGAAUUAGAGUAAACCCCCCAUGUCAAGUCAGUAUCAAUCCUCGUAACUCAGAGGAUCUAACCUUAGUCGGUAGAACCCUCAAAGGGGCAGACAAACUUAGAUGACUGUGUUUCCAAUGUACGGAUUAUGGGAUGGCAAGUCCACAUUCAAGUCCACAAAUCAGGUAAACAACUCCUAUGUUGCCAAUGAAAGAGCUUCCCUCUCUACAAGCAAUAGCGAAGAGCUCAAUGUCGACAGAAGCAACUUCAGAAAGGUUUACUUUGAAAAGACCUAUAUGGAGGAGCUACUCAAAAUGAAAAACAUGAUGGGCAAAGUCAAGAAAUGA